AAACGGAGCAGCUCUUUCCAGCGCUGUAUGGCUCCCAACCCAACCCAGUAUAUUCAAAAGACUAGUUCGAUUUCAGAGUUUGAGAUCCAUCAACCUUCAAAUCCAAAAUCCCACUCACUUCAACAACAAUCCUUUGUCGUUUUGAGCUCGAUCUCAAUUCUCGGCUCUUCAAGGAAACAGAGGCCGAAGGAGAAGAAGAAGAAGAAGAAGAAGAAGAAGAAUGGAUGCUAUAAGAAAGCAAGCUAGUAAGCUCCGAGAGCAGGUCGCCAAGCAGCAGCAGGCUGUGAUAAAGCAGUUCGGUGGGACUGGUUAUGAAAGCUCAGAUGUAAUGGUAAUAGAUGAGGUUGAGAUGCAGAGACAUCAGCAGCUAGAGAAACUGUACAGGUCCACUCGCGCUGGAAAGGAUUUUCAGAAGGAAGUUGUUAAAGCAGCAGAAGCGUUCACAGCCAUAGGGUAUAAGCAUAUUGAAGCAGGAACCAAGUUGUCCGAGGAUUGUAGCAGAUAUGGUGCAGAAAACACCAGUGACAAGAUUUUAGCUAAGGGUGCAUCUAUAUAUGGUGAUGCUCGUAAGCAUGUGGAAAAGGAACAAGAAGAUUUGAAUAAGCUGUUAUCUUCACAGAUUUUAGAUCCGUUAAGAGCAAUGAUAGCUGGUGCUCCUUUGGAAGAUGCUCGUCAUCUUGCUCAACGUUAUAGUCGAAUGAGACAGGAAGCAGAGACACAGGCGGUAGAAGUGUCCAGAAGACAAGCACGAGUAAGAGAACUUCCAAAUCCUGAUAAUGUUGCAAAGCUGCAGGCAGCGGAAGCAAAGAUGAAAGAAUUGAAAGCAAACAUGGCGGUUCUGGGUAUAGAAGCUUCAGCUGCAUUGGCUGCUGUGGAAGCACAGCAGCAAAGACUAACUUUCCAGAGGCUUGUUGCACUGGUUGAAGGAGAAAAGAAUUAUCAUCUGAGAGUGGCUGCCGUACUCGGUGAGGUUGAAGCAGAGUUGGUCUCAGAGAAGCAACGGAAAGAGUCUGCUCCUCCUGUGAUUCCACAAGAGAACGGCUCAGAGAAAACAAUGUACUUCUUGGCCGAAGCAACACAUUCUUUCAGUGCUGCAUCAGAGAAGGAACUAAGCUUGUCAGUCGGUGACUAUGUUGUUGUGCGAAAGGUGAGUCCAUCAGGAUGGUCAGAAGGAGAGUGCAAAGGAAAAGGAGGAUGGUUUCCGACAGCCUACGUGGAGAAACGCCAGCGGAUUCCAUCCAGCGAUCUCGGGGGUGAAGAUUACUGAGCCCUCCCCAACAUCUGGUAGUUAGUUUCCUCUUUACGGCUCUCAUCAUGUGCAAAAUAACAAAAGAUUGUCUGGUCAUGAUGUUUGGUUUUCUCGUGCGCUCGUUUGGCGUUGUCCCAUGAUGUAGUCGGGACAUGCGUGUGCACAUUGUUUCUUACAAAAUUUCCAGACAAUGCAUUUUCGUGAAUGCUACAUAAAUAUGUAAUUUGAUGAUUCGCGUUGUUUAUAAAAAAAGGGUCAUCAGUUUAACAAA